ACUGUUACUACUAAAAUACUCUACACUUCAUCAAAUUGACAAAGGAGAAAAAUAUAAAAUUAUGCUUAAUCAAAUAAAUAACAAUGCUAAUGCAGUGAAAGUAAACAAUAAGUAAACAAUGUAGAGAAGCUGCUUACUAAGACAGAGGAAAAACUAAUGAGGAAGCAACUUUACUGACACAAAGAAAAAAGAAAAAAGAAAUAAAAUGCUCCUGAUUAAAAUGUAUCUUAUUGUGAAAAUCUGCUCCUGUUUGCACCUGUUUCAGUUGCAACCCCACCUCAUUCAAGGAACUAACUCAGCUUGUCAGGUGUGGAAUGUCAUUGCUUGAACCAGUGGUGGAAAGUGUGAAUCCAGCAGCAUGAAUCAGUGUGAGGACAGAGAGGAGGAAGCCCCUCCCUCUGAAAUCAGAAGAAUAGAGACAAAGAACAACGCUCAGAGGUCCAAUCAGAGACAAGAAUCUGCCGGGCCUGAACCUGGAUCUGGACCCAGCUGUGUGUCCUUCAAGAGCACCCGGUCAAUUGACCGUCCAAUUUAUUUCAAAGACCAACCUGUAUCAGAGUCACAAGUGGACCAGCAGAGCUCAGAGGUUCCGAGUGCUCCGUCUGUCCAGCAGCACCAAACAGACCUGGACUCCAUAUUUACGCUGCUGGAGGAAAACAUUGUCACGUUUGUGAAGAAGGAGCUGAAGAAAAUCCAAAAGGCUCUGAGACCAGAUUACCCAGAAUGCUUAAAGAGUCAGAGAGAGGAUGAGGAGGUGUUGGAUGGUGAGGAUGAAGAGCAGAGGAGGAUCAGCAGAAAUGCAUUUCUGAAGAUCACAGUUAACUUCCUGAAGAGGAUGAAGCAGGAGGAGCUGGUUGACUGUCUGCAGAGCAGGUUUUCUGCUCUAGUUUGUCAGCAUCAACUUAAAUCUCGCCUGAAGCAGAAGUUCCAGUGUGUGUUUGAAGGCAUCGCUAAAGCAGGAAACCCAACCCUUCUGAACCAGAUCUACACAGAGCUCUACAUCACAGAGGGAGGGACUGGAGUGGUCAAUGAUGAACAUGAGGUCAGACAGAUGGAAACAGCUUCCAGGAAACUAGAUAGAGCAGAAACAAGCAUCAGACCAAAAGAUGUCUUUAAAAGCUCAGCUGGAACAGAUGGAGCCCUCAGAACAGUGAUGACAAAGGGAGUGGCUGGCAUUGGGAAAACAGUCCUAACACAGAAGUUCACUCUGGACUGGGCUGAAGACAAAGCCAACCAAGACAUACACUUCACAUUUCCAUUCACCUUCAGAGAGCUAAAUGUGCUGAAAGAGAAAAAGUUCAGUUUUUUGGAACUUGUUCAUCAAUUCUUCGCUGAAACCAAAGCAGCGGGAAUCUGCAGCUUUGAACAGUUCCAGGUUGUUUUCAUCUUGGAUGGUCUAGAUGAGUGUCGACUUCCUCUAGACUUCAACAACACUAAAACCCUGACUGAUGUCACAGAGUCCACCUCAGUGGAUGUGCUGCUGACAAACCUCAUCAGGGGGAACCUGCUUCCCUCUGCUCGCCUCUGGAUCACCACACGACCUGCAGCAGCCAAUCAGAUCCCUCCUGGGUGUGUUGCCAUGGUGACAGAGGUCAAAGGGUUCACAGACCCACAGAAGGACGAGUACUUCAGAAAGAGAUUCACAGACGAGCAGCAGGCCACAACAAUCAUCUCCCACAUCAAGAUGUCACGAGGCCUCCACAUCAUGUGCCACAUCCCAGUCUUCUGUUGGAUCACUGCUACGGUUCUGGAGGAUCUGCUGGAAACCAGAGAGGGAGGAGAGCUGCCAAAGACCCUGACUGAGAUGUACAUCCACUUCCUGGUUGUUCAGAGCAAAGUGAAGAACAUCAAGUAUGAUGGAGGAGCUGAGACAGAUCCACACUGGAGUCCAGAGAGCAGGGAAAUGAUUGAGUGUCUGGGAAAAGUAGCUUUUGAGCAGCUGCAGAAAGGAAACCUGAUCUUCUAUGAGUCAGACCUGACCGAGUGUGGCAUCGAUGUCAAAGCAGCCUCAAUUUACUCAGGAGUGUUCACACAGAUCUUUAGAGAGGAGAGAGGACUGUACCAGGACAAGGUGUUCUGCUUCAUCCAUCUGAGUGUUCAGGAGUUUCUGGCUGCUCUUCACGUCCAUCUGACCUUCAUCAACUCUGGAAUUAAUUUGCUGUCCCAACAACAAUCAACAUUAUCGUUUAAACUAUUUAGAAAGAAGAAACAUGAACCUACAUGGUUCUACCGUGAUGCUGUGGACAAGGCCUUACAGAGUUCAAGUGGACACCUUGACCUAUUCCUUUGUUUCCUCCUGGGUCUUUCACUGCAGACUAAUCAGACUCUCUUACAAGGUCUGAUGACACAGACAGGUAGUAGCUUAAGAAUCAAUGAGGAAACAGUUAAGUACAUAAAACAGAAGAUCUCAGAGUGUUCAUCUGCAGAGAAAAGCAUCAACCUGUUCCACUGUCUGAGUGAACUGAAUGAUUGUUCUCUAGUGGAGCAGAUCCAACAGAACCUGAGAUCAGGACGUCUCUCCACUGAUGAACUAUCUCCUGCUCAGUGGUCAGCUCUGGUUUUCAUCUUACUGUCUUCAGACAAAAACCUUGAUGUGUUUGACCUGAAAAAAUUCUCUGCUUCAGAGGAGGCUCUUCUGAGGCUGCUGCCUGUGGUUAAAGCCUCAAACACAGCACUACUGAGUGUGAGUGACCUGUCAGAGAGGAGUUGUGCACCUCUGUCCUCAGUUCUCAGCUCACAGUCCUCCAGUCUGAGAGAACUGGACCUGAGUAACAACAACCUGCAGGAUUCAGGAGUGAAGCUACUGUCUGCUGGACUGAAGAGUCCUGAUUGUCGACUGGAGACUCUCGGGCUGUCAGGCUGUAUGGUCUCAGAGGAAGGUUGUGUCUCUCUGGCCUCAGCUCUGAGCUCUAACCCCUCCCAUCUGAGAGAGCUGGACCUGAGCUACAAUCAUCCAGGAGUCUCAGGAGUGGAGUUGCUGUCUGCUGGAGUCAAGGAUCCACACUGGAGACUGGACACUCUCAGGGUGGAGCCUGGUGGAGUCCAAUGGUUGACACCAGGUCUGAGCAAGUAUUUUUGUCAACUCACCAUCGACACAAACACAGUGACCAAACAACUACAACUAUCUGACAACAACAAGACGGUGACACGUGUGAAGGAGUAUCCGUUAUAUCCUGAUCAUCCAGACAGAUUUGACUACUGGUUUCAGCUGCUGUGUAGUAAUGGUUUGACUGGUCGCUGUUACUGGGAGUUUGAGUGGAGAGGAGGCGUUGAAAUAUCAGUGAGUUAUAGAGGAAUCGGAAGGAAAGGAAACAGUAAGGACUGUUGGUUUGGUUAUAAUAAAUUAUCUUGGACUCUGAUCUGCAGUGAUGCCGGUUACUCUGUCAGACACAAUAACAUAGAAACAUCCAUGUCUUCUUCCUCUGUGUCUGACAGAGUAUCAGUGUAUGUGGACUGUCCUGCUGGUUCUCUAUCCUUCUACAGAGUCUCCUCUGACAAACUGAUCCACCUUCACACCUUCAACACCACAUUUACUGAACCUCUUUAUCCUGGGUUUGGGUUUUAUGGGCCUGGUUCCUCAGUGUCUCUGUGUGAUGUGUCGUAGUGAGAGUUUGAUCCUGUCAGAGAAACGUUGUCACUGUUGAACAUAGUUCAGUCUCUUCAUGUCUGUCUUUGUUCAGAUUCAUGUAUUUAACCAGUUUCUUUCUGAACCAGUUCUAAAUAUUUCUUUCUGAACUUCUUCCGGCUCCGUCCUUUAAAGAUGGAGGCUCUGAUUAUUCCAGGAUCAAAUGUUGAUGACUUGUUGUGAAGUUGUUUUCCAGUGAAUAUCCCUAUGUUUCAAUUCAAAAAGUGACAAACUGAUAUCAGAGAAGAAUCACUGAGAUGAAUUAGUGAGUAGCUUCCAGAUGUUCAUAGAUGAUUGUUGAAUAAAAAUUGUUCAUUGAA